GUCAACGGGUGCGAGAGGUGACCUGGGAAUCUGCCUUUUAACAGAUCUCACCCCAUACUUCAACCAACCCCCUCUUCUUCUUCACUUCCCACUCUUACACUCUUUUGCUCUUACUCGCCUCUUCUUCUCAAUCUUGUUUCUCUCUCUACCGGAGUUUCCUGUGUUUGCGACUGGGAUUAUCGCUUUUGGGUGGAAGGGGACCUCGUGAGCUUCAUGGGAAGCUUGCUGAGAGAUCUGGGCUUUUAAUUUUUCAAGUGGCAGACGGGAUUCUGCUUUUCCUCUCUUCUGAUUCAGAGACCGACCGCGAUUUCUUCUUAGGGAUUCCAGGGGGACUGCGAGUCAGGUUUUGAUUCUCGCAGUUUUUCGAAAGAUGGGUUCCUUUUUCUCUUCCCCUGUUCCGGGAUUUGCUUGCUGAAGCUGGAUUGAGCUUGUCGCAGUAUGCAUUGAAGUUUGCUCGUUGCUGCUAAUUGAGAUGCGGUUUCAGUAGCAUUUGGUAUUGCUGCUAAUUCAGCUUGAAUCUUUAGUUAUAAGCUUCAUGGUUUGCUCGACCCUGGUUUCUGGUUCUUCGGCGAUGGAUUUUCUUUUUGUCUCAUUUUAUACUUGGCGGAAAGUUGAGGAGGUGAGGAUAUAAUUGUUUCAAAUGGGUUCUCGUUAAAUAGAGUCAGGAUAUAACUUUCCUUCUUUAGAUAGAAGGACAUUUUUUUGCCUAAAUUGCGGGAUAUUUGGAAUUCAUUCGUCAUAAUUGCGGAGAUUUGACCUCGCGUUGCCUGAUUGAUAAUGCGAUAUAUUUCGAUUCGUUUCCUUAAUUGUCAAGAAAUUUCCCGACCAAAUGCAUUUAUGUUCUCAUCAUGACUAGAGCUGUGCGCGAUAGGAUUCUCAAGGAGGCAAAUGGUGACAUUAGCGAUCAUCUACGUAACCACAUUCACUUGACAAACUGCAUUCACUUGAAGAAUCAUAUGCACAAGCACAGUCCUAUCUUGGCUGACAGGUCCCUUAUGAGGGAUCUCAUUGUCCUUCAGAGGUCGCGAUCUCUCAGGGACCCUUCUGCAAGUCCUCCCUCAUGGCAGUCUCCCUCCAUUACUGACCUUCCAUCAAGGAUGGGCGAAAAUAAUGCUGUGAUUCGUGAAGGAAGAAGGUCGGUAGGAACUGAGAGUCGAAGGGUAGGUAGGACAAUUUCCGGAAGUUCUCCACCCUUGGGAAGUUUUGCAACAUCAAAAGUUGCUCCAGCUGAGGUGAAUGUGGGCACGGAUGGGGUGAGAGCUGUUAGUGAGCACAGUGUUAAGAGUGAAAUCCGAGAUGGUAGAAGAAUUCGGAGAGAAGAGUCAAGUAGGAGGAGUGAUAGAAACAGUGUUUUGGAUGGCAAUGAAGAAUCUUUACCUGUUCAUGAUGGGCAUCUUCUGCAUGAGGCUAUUUCGAGGAAAUCAGAAUCUAAAGAUAGAAAGAGUGAACAGAAGGAUAAGCAGGUCAGGGGCAUUCCAUUUAAGACACUAUCGGAGCAACUGAAUUCUGCUCCAAUCGAUAGUGAUGAUAUUGCAUCUUCAAGUGCUAAUGUAUAUGGGAGACAAUCUCAGCAGGAUAAAAUCAUCGACGAACCUGAACCCAGCUUUCGUGGAAACUGCAGUGGAUUGAAUAGGGUUAAAAGGCGAAAAUUUCGAGGUACAAGGAGAAGUCGUAUGAAUUUAACUUCCAGGGACACGGGGGUUCAAAAUGAAUUGUCUGUAGCUUCUAAUACAUUAGCUCAUGGUUCCGCUCAUUCAAAGCAUAGAAUGGAAGAGGAAAAUGAAAAUUAUGCCAACAAAAAUGUCAUUGGUGGACCUAGAAAUGGGUGUGGUAUGCCUUGGAAUUGGUCAAGAAUUCAUCAUAGGGGCAAAACGUUUUUAGACAUGGCUGGAAGGAGUUUUUCUUGUGGCAUUUCAGACUCGAUGUUAAGAAAGUGCAGUCCAACUGCACGUGGGAGAGGUAUUUCUGGCACACCCAUAGCAUCUGAUCACUCAAGCUCAUCUGCAAAAUUUGAUGCCGAAGCACUACCUUUACUGGUUGAGGCAUCCGGGUCCCACGAAAGCAUUGAAAAUGCAGGCUGGCAACGAGAUUACUCUGGGGAAUUGGGAAUAUUUGCUGAUAAUUAUAUUAAACAUGAAGUUGAUUCUGACCUUGCUUCAGAAGCAAGAUGCAGUAACCGAAGAAGAACAAGAGGCCAUCAUCGUUCUAGACAUCAGAGUCUGACACAAAAAUACAUGCCACGAACAUUUAAAGAUUUGGUGGGACAAAAUUUAGUAGCCCAAGCUCUUUCAAAUGCUGUCUCGAGGAAGAAGGUUGGGUUACUAUAUGUGUUUUAUGGUCCUCACGGUACAGGAAAAACAUCCUGUGCUCGCAUAUUUGCAAGAGCACUGAACUGCCAGUCUUUGGAACAUUCCAAACCGUGUGGAUUAUGCAAUUCUUGCGUUGGAUAUGACAUGGGAAAGAGCAGGAAUAUAAGGGAAGUUGUUCCUGUGAGUAAUCUCGACUUUGAGAGUAUUACAGAACUACUUGACCAUAUGAUAGCUUCUCAGCUCCCAUCACAGUAUACAGUGUUCAUCUUUGAGGAUUGUGACAGCUUUUCCUCUAAUUGCUGGAGUGCCAUUACAAAGGUCAUUGACCGAGCUCCCAGACGUCUAGUUUUUGUCCUUGUCUGUUCAAGUCUAGAUGUUUUACCUCAUAUAAUUAUAUCCAGGUGCCAGAAAUUCUUUUUUCCAAAGCUGAAGGAUGCCGAUAUAAUCCAUACUUUGCAGUGGAUUACAACCCAAGAAAAUUUAGAAAUUGAUGAAGAUGCACUGAAACUUAUCACAUCAAGAUCCGAUGGAUCAUUGAGGGAUGCUGAAAUGACUCUUGAGCAGCUCAGUUUACUUGGCCAGAGAAUUUCUGUUCCUCUAAUCCAGGAACUGGUUGGACUUAUCUCUGAUGAAAAAUUGGUUGAUCUUCUUGAUCUAGCUCUAUCUGCAGACACAGUAAAUACCGUAAAAAACUUGAGGUUGAUAAUUGAAAGUGGUGUGGAGCCAAUGGCCUUGAUGUCACAAAUCGCAACUGUAAUUACAGAUAUUCUUGCUGGUAGUUAUGAUUUCCGAAAAGAAAGACCUCGGAGGAAGUUUUUCCGACGUCAGCCAUUAUCCAAAGAAGAUAUGGAAAAGCUACGUCAAGCUCUGAAAACAUUGUCUGAAGCUGAGAAGCAAUUAAGAAUGUCUAAUGAUAAAUUAACCUGGCUUACGGCUGCACUACUUCAACUUGCACCAGAUCAGCAGUAUAUGUUGUCCAGCUCUGCUGAGACAAGCUUUAAUCACAGUCCCUUGGCCCUGAAUAAUGUGAAUGGUAGGGGUGUGUUAAGGAGCACUGUUCAGCAUGCUGAAAUACCUGGUGGUGAGAAAAGAUUGUCAACAGAUGUUAACUUUGCUGGCCAUUCUGAUUCAUAUGAUAAUAGAAUUGCCAAAGGCAUUGGUUUAGACAGAAAAAGACACUCUGGGGUUGGUGUGGCUUCUCAGCAGACUAAUGCUACACCUGCCGAUUUAAUGAAGUCUAAUGGAAAGCAGGUUUCUGGUAGAACUCGGAAAGACAUCGAAGAAGUUUGGUUGGAGGUGCUAGGAAAAAUUCGGAUAAAUAGCAUUAAAGAGUUUUUGCUACAAGAAGGGAAGCUUGCAUCAGUGAGUUUUGGUGCAGCACCAACUGUGCGCUUGAUAUUCAAUUCACAUCAUGCAAAAUCAAAAGCAGAGAAGUUGAGAGAGCAGAUCUUACAAGCAUUUGAGUCUGCUCUUGGGUCCUCGGUGAUAAUUGAAAUUAGAUGUGAAUCAAAAAGGGAUACCACAGUGGGGAACCAUUCAUCCGUUACUUUACCUGCCUCCAAGAAUGGUCCAUUGCAGAUUAGGGAUAUAAGUGGUUAUAAGCCUGAAGCUCAGCUACCGCAUUACAGAUCCAGUGAAGUUGGAAGAGGCGAAAUUGUUGAAAUAGAUGCUUCACCAAGGGAUGCCCAUAAUCAACGAGAAUCUAAUCAAAGGAAUGUAGAAGGUUCACAGGGAGAAGUAUCAGUCUCACGUAAGAACUCGACUAUGUCAUCAAUUUCAGAAAGAAGAGAAGGUGGAGCUCAAAGUCGGAGUCAAAGUAUUGUGAGAAGCAAAGUAUCUCUGGCACAUGUUAUUCAGCAGGCAGAAGGAUGUUCACAGCGAAGUAGAUGGUCCAGUCGCAAGGCUGUGUCUAUAGCUGAAAAACUUGAGCAGGAAAACUUGAGACUUGAACCUCAAUCAAGAAGCUUGUUAUGCUGGAAAACAUCUAGAGUAACUCGACGGAAGCUAUCACGGUUGAAAGUUAGAACACGAAGGCCGCAGUCACUGCUGAAACUUGUCUCCUGUGGUAAAUGUCUCCCUGCGUAGUUAGCAAGGUAAUAAUUCCAGCCGGAAAGGAAGAAGAGGAAGAAUGGUCUAGGAGAUUGAUUAACUUGGUUUUCUCUUUUAGUUGUAUUUAGUUUUUCUCAUCUCUUUUGCUCCAUGUUGAUUACUAGGCAGGCUCAUUUUUAUCUGUGAAUUCAAUUUUUAUGAAAUCAAUUAAUUUUUCAUGGUAAAAA